AUGGCUGACUGCAAGCCAUUCUCUUCCCCCAUGGCUCUUAAACCUGCUUCUUCUUCUCCUAAUGACAAUUUACCUUGUUCCAACCCAUCUCUCUACAGAAGUAUUGUUGGAGGACUUCAAUACCUCACCAUCACCAGACCAGACCUUGCUUUUGCAGUGAACUUUGCUUGUCAAUUUAUGCACCAACCUUUUGUUCAAUAUUUUGUUAUGGUCAAAAGGCUUCUCCGAUAUCUCAAAGGCACUUUUGGCUAUGGUCUUCAAUUUAGUCUUGGACCUCUUACACUACAUGCUUUUUCAGAUUCUGAUUGGGCUCGGAAUUCACUGGAUAGACAUUCCACUACUGGCUUCUGUGUUUUUCUUGGUCCAAAUUUGGUGUCCUGGUCUGCUAAAAAGCAGCCUACUGUGGCUAGAUCAUCUACUGAGGCUGAAUAUAGGGCAUUGGCUCACACUGCCGCUGAGUUAAGCUGGCUUGGAAUGCUUCUCUCUAAUCUGCAUGUUCCUUCUAUUUCUCCUACUUUAUGGUGUGAUAAUGUCUCUGCCAUAUCUCUAUCUUCCAAUCCUGUUUUUCAUGCCAGAACUAAACAUAUAGAGGUGGAUUAUCACUAUGUCAGAGAAAGGGUAGCUGCUAAACAACUCACCAUUUGUCAUAUUUCAACUUCUGAUCAUGUGGUAGAUAUUUUCACAAAUCCUCUGUCUAUUUCAUGCUUUGCUUAUCUGCAGUCCAAGCUUAUGGUUCUUCCCUCUCCCAUCAGCUUGGGGGGGCAUGAUAAUGUCUCUGCAAAAGCUACAGAAGCUCAGCCCAUAUCUGCAGCAGAGCUGCAGUUGAAGCCACAGAGCUCAGCUACAGUUGAAGCCACAUUUGCAUACAAUUCCACAGCUACUUCUCACCAAACCAGUUAG